AUGUCUUUCCUUCGACGCAUGGCAUCCCAACCGCGGCGCACCAUGUUCUCUAUCAAAAAGUCUCCAUGGGAGAUACCGUCUAACCAAGGGCCUUCACUUCCCCAGCAUGAACUUGUCGAUGAAGAAAUUUGCCCUGGAUAUAACCCAGCCUCCUUCUAUCCAGCAAAGCCAGGAGAAGUGCUUAUCAAGAAAUUUCAGUUACUUAACAAAAUUGGAUGGGGAUCACAAUCAACCGUGUGGCUCGCCCGAAAUAUCUCCAGUAACCAUCAACAGCAAUCAAGGAAUAAAUGGCAGCCUGAGCAAUUUGUCGCCGUCAAGAUAACGAAUAAUAACAACACUGAAGAGACACAGCAUGAAAAGGAAAUCGAAUACCAUAUUGCACAUCUAAAUCCAGAACACCGAGGACACCUAAUCCUACGAACAUGCCUUGAUGCUUUUGAUUUAAUUGGUCCUAAAGGAAAACACAUGUGCCUUGUCUAUGAACCGAUGAGGGAACCUCUGUGGAUUUUCCGGAAACGCUUUAUCAGUCGCCAGAUCCCUUUACCUAUUGCAAAGACGUAUAUAUUUUUCCUUCUUGUUGGCCUCGAUUAUCUUCACUCGGAGUGCAAGAUCGUCCACACAGGUGACACAUUGUUCCCUUUCUACCUUCGUAUUACUUCAACUAAUACCUUGCUAGACUUAAAACUUGACAAUAUUCUCAUGAGCUUCGAGAGCGACGAAAUUCUUACUAGCUUCGUAAAAAAGAAACUGCAGAUGGGAUACGGAACGAACAAGCUAUCUUCUUAUCCUAUUCAGCCUGAUUAUUACCGUACUCCCGAAGUAAUCCUUGGCUGUGGCUGGGAUGAAAAGGCAGAUAUCUGGAACUUUGGUGUAUUAUUGUGGAAUAUCCUGGGAGGAAAAGAGCUGUUCCAGCAGGUACAUGCCCCAGACGGCCUGUACGAUGCAAAAUCACACCUUGCUGAAAUGAUCGCUCUACUUGGAGCUCCCCCCACGGCAUUAAUUGCGAGAUCGAAAGCUGUCUCUGGGAAUAUUUGGCCUCAACAUGUCACUAGCAAAACUGGUAAACUCUGCAAUAAUCCUCAAGAAUUUUUUGGUGGUCCUUUCUUUGGCUCUGAAGGCGAAUUCUACCAUAAUGAGCUUGUACCGUCUCGAAAAUUAGAGAGCACGGUACCGUUUCUAGAGGAGAGAGAGAGAGACGCGUUCUUGUCGUUUGCUAGCCAAAUGCUCAGCUGGAACCCGGAUCAAAGGAAGACAGCCCGCGAACUGAUUGAUCAUCCAUUCCUCAAAUUGGGUGAUUAA